AAGUCGACACCCCCUUCGGCUGCAUCCGAACCCGAUUGCUAUGCAUCAAACUACACAAGGAUCAUCCUCCACGAACCACUUCCUACUCUCUUUCACGUUAGAUAGAUAAGGGGUCAUUUCUGUACCUGCGGCACCAUGAGACGAACAAGUCGCAUAUUGCUAGCGUCGCUGGCCCUCCACUCCACAGCCUUCGCACAGUCCGACCUGCCUUCAAAACGCGGGUUGGCUUUCCAGGGCGACGACCACACGGCCGACAGCCAGCUGCUCACCUCCGCAAAGUCACUGAUCAGCUGGUAUUACACAUGGUCAACAUGGCCUGCACAGGUCCUGAACAGCUCCAUCGCCUUUGUCCCGCUCAUCCACGGCGUCGAUGAUGCUUCAGAUUCAGGCCUCAGCUCACGUCUCAGCGCACUACCUGGAUCAUCCACCCAUCUUCUUACUUUCAAUGAGCCCGACGGAACGACAUCAUCUGGCGGCAGUAGUAUCGACCCUGAAGAUGCUGCCAAGGCCUACAUUGAGCACAUUGUGCCCUUCCGCAACUCCGGCUCCCGCAAGUGGAACAUCAGCCAUCCGGUAGUCACCGGCUCCUCGCAGGGCAUCGAGUGGCUGCAAAAGUUCAACGAGUCGUGCUACGACAUUGACGACAACGGUUGUCCGACCGACUUUGUCGCCGUGCACUGGUACGGCGAUGCGACCGGCCUUAAGAACCACCUCGACGGGCUUCGGGAUUUCUACAACUCCACAUCGCCGGAUCUCAAGUACUGGAUCACGGAGAUGGCCCUCCCCAAACAAGACACGGAUGCCACUCUCGCCAUGAUGAACGAGAGUCUGGCGUAUCUGGACGGUCUGGACUACGUCGAGGGCUAUGCAUGGUUCGGUGCCUUCCGCAAAGAUGAGGCCAACGCAUGGACCGGUAACUCCGUGUCACUGUUUGACGGCGAUGGCGGUCUGACGGACCUUGGUGCUCUAUACCUUGGCGGCGAUGAACAGGGAUUCGAAAAGGGCCAGAAGGGUGAAGGCAACUUUGCUAGCUCGCUAUCUCCCGGCAAGGCGCUGCUUUGGACAGCCAUUCUUACUGCUAUCACAACGUUGUGGUAGACAUUGCCGGGGCCGAAAAACGCCGAGCAGCACAUUCUGCCUGAUUGAGGUUGCUUACGAGUACAUGUUUACGAUUUCCUUUUGCAUCUACGUACAAUUGAGUGUGCCGGUCACACGAACACAGUCCACCACACAACGAGAUUGAUACCUCUUCCAUUGGAUUGUUACACGCGUACAACAGACUAUAAACAUACAAUCAAGACAUAUCCAUACAUGAAGCAUUCGAAAGCAUAUUGAGAUAUUGAAAUAUCGCAAUGCACUCUGAUCAACUCCCGUGGUUCUCAAGUGCUAGUCAACGAUCGUCCACACUCAAUUACUGUGGCAGCUCGUGCC